AUGAGCCGCCUACUUGCUGGGAAGCUGGCUAUAGUGACAGGUGCAUCGCGAGGCAUUGGCACGGCGAUAGCCACGAAGCUAGGCUCAUACGGCGCCAACUUGGUCCUGGCAUACACAUCGCCAUCCUCCCAAUCCCUGGCCGAGUCGCUUUCCCAGAAGCUGCAAGCCGAACACAAGAUCAAGACCAUCACAGUCAGCGCUGACCUCGGCACGCCACAAGGCCCGAGUCAACUGAUCGCGGCGACCAAGGAUGCGUUUGCCGGUCCGGACGGGAAGCUGCAGAUUGACAUCCUCGUCAACAACGCCGGCGUCGCUGCCAACAACCCGCUGACGAAAGUAACAGUGGACGACUUCGACUUCUCCUACAAGGUCAACGUGCUGGGCCCGCUGCUGCUGACCCAGGCCGCCGAGCCGUACCUGCCGCGGGACCGCUCCGGCCGCAUCGUGAACCUGUCGUCCGUGUCGUCGUCGGCGGGCUUCAUCGAGCAGUCCGUCUACGGCGGCACCAAGGCCGCGCUCGAGGCCAUGACGCGCACCUGGGCCCGCGAGCUGAGCGAGCGCGCCACCGUCAACGCCGUCAACCCGGGCCCCGUGCUCGGCGAGAUGUACGCCAAGAACACGGACGAGUUCAAGCGCGAGAUCCGCGGCUGGAUCGAGCACGCGCCCCUCAUGCGCGCCCGCGAGGGUGUCGACGCCCCCGAGCUCGUCGAGGACGCAAAGACCAGCGGCGGCCGCCCCGGCUACGUCGACGAGGUCGCCGGCAUCGUGGCCAUGCUGUGCGGCCAGGACGCCGCCUGGUGUACGGGACAGGUCGUCUGUGCUAAUGGCGGCAUGAUUAUGCUCCAUUAG